AUGAAGAUAGAGAAAUCUCACAUCCAUGCACCCUGCGACGUUCUUCCCAGCGAACUCCUCGCUGAAAUCUUCAAGCUCACCUCCAAGCCACCUCCCUUCUGCAAAACACCUAACACCAAUUUUACCUUGCCUCUUUUGCUAGGUGCAGUCUGUCACAAAUGGCAUGAGAUCGCAUGGGGCCUCCCAACCCUCUGGAAAUACGUACAUCUUGUGCUCUCAAUCAAGCACUAUGAUGUAUGUGUCGAUCUGCUGGAGGAAUGGCUUGAUCAAGCAAAGGACUGUCCACUGCACAUCGUGUUUCGUGUUCCAAGGGAUAUUCAAGAGGAGUUUAUGGAGUGGUGUGACGAUGGGCCGUUCGAGAUGUUUGCCCUUUUCACAAGAAAGCGCGUUCAAUGGGAGAAAAUCAACCUCGAUCUCAUCACACAGGAGUGUGUUGCGAGUCUCGAAGAAUGCGAAGGCGAGCUUCCCCUUCUCCAAGCAGUCGCACUCAAUGAUCUUGCCAAUGGGAUGGACAUUGAUUUGCUCAAGGACUCACUGGCUCUUUGUCAGCUUUCUCUCAAGGGUUCACACCAUUUCAAAUUCUGCCACCUGCCUUCCUGUGCGACUCUUACAGACCUAUAUCUCUCAAGUCUCUCCAUCGAAAACACAAUUUCUCUAUUACAGGAAACAGUCAACGUCAAAUCCUGCUACCUCAAGUAUAUUGACUCGGAGUUUUACGUCGCUGUCUACAAUGACGAAGAUGAAGAAGACCUCCCCUUGUCGUUCCCCUUCCUUGAAACACUUGUGAUCGACGGCUGCUCCUCAAAACACAUGCUUGGUCUUCUGGGCAAAGUCCCAAAAUUGCACGACCUUGGUAUGAAAGGAAUGGGAUGCCCAGACCUUCCCAUCCUCGAUCAAUUUUUCAAAGAGCACGACUGCAAACUGGACAAGUUCCACUUGACCAUCGACACUUCUAUGAAGAUUGACAAGAUCCGGCAAGUCCUUGGGCACCAUUCCAAGACGCUCACCUCGCUUUCGAUCUACGACAACUGA